AUGUCGUCCUUUCCCCAUGUGCCCCUGAAGGGGACCAUGCUCCGUGCUCCGGUCUUUUGUCAGGAGAAGGAAAGCACGAGAGGGCACUCCAAAGGCCCUUUUGUUUUGGUCACGACUCUGGUCGCCUUUGUCAGUUUGCAUCUUGAGACACGAUAUACAGUCAGCGGACACCCAACUCUGUUCCAUUGGACAUCAGAAGACAACCGUCGCUCGUACUCGCUUUUCGCAGUCCUCAACAUCGACAUGCCGGCUCACAGGUACACGAUCGACGAGCUUAUGGCCAUCCGGGGCGUCCCGGUGCCGGUGCCUGCUCGCAUGUCGGCUCUGGCCAACAAUCCCGAGCUUGCCGACGUGGUCCGCGAGUCUGGAAGCGAGUCAUCGUCAGGCUACAAGCCUACGACUGGCAAGAAUCGAGACGACUCAUCCACCGCCUCUGAUGAGCUCCUUUUCAAAGGCAACAUCAGUCGCCGAGCAUUGCGCGAUGCUACUCGUGGCUCAGCUCGAGGAUCGGGCCAUGAGUCUAACUUUUUUCCCAUGAGAGAGCCUCUCCGCCAGACAGUGCCCCAGCCUGCACUUCCUGUACAGUCUGCUCGUGAGAACGCCCGAACUGCCACUCCCUUGGGAGCUCCCAUGGCCCCGCCCAUGGUUGCUCCCAUGACUGCCCCCAAUUCUGCCUCCACAGUUGCUCGGGAAACAGCCCACGACCAGCAGCGCCCAACUGAGUGGAGAAUCCACGGUCGAAGUGACUCGGAUGCCAACAUCCCCGAGCCUAUUCCGGCACCUGCUGGUGACAUUGCCCAGAGGAGCGAGGGUUUCAAGCGCUUCUACAAGGCUGUCGUGUCUCCCACCCACGUCCGUGUUACAGCUGGUGGCCGUAUCGUCCCCAAUACUCGAGGGCCGCCCUCUCCGACAAACAAGCGAGCGACUGAUCACGCCGCCACCAUCGAAAACAUGGGCUUGAGCGACAAGAACGCCCAAGGGAAAUUGCCGACUAACCAGCUUCCCAUGGGGCAGCCGAUUCCUAUCGUGCCGCAGUUUCUUCCUGGCUAUCCUCCUGGCUUUCAGCCGAUGCAACCUCCCAUGUCCUUUGUUCCGAUGGCAUUCAGUUCGCACAUGCCCCAAGGCUUUCAAUUUGCUCAACCCCCGGUCACGCCGGCUGCUAUGGCUCCUGCAGCCUCAGGAAGCGCCUCGACUUCCAAGGACAAUGCCGACCUCAAGGCCUUCGAUUCCCAGAGCACCAGUCACCUACCGGGCGACAAGCAGGACAAGCCAAAGAUAUCGCCUCCAGAGUGGUUUGACUACACGAAGCCCUACUUCUACAACGGUCAGAUCAUCUACCCCGUUGGGAACAUGUCUACAUCGCUUGCCAACCCCAUGGGUGGUCCCAUGAUGCCUAUGCAGAUGGUCAGCGUUCCUCAAGGCGCUCCGUCUCAGUUGCAGGCCCCCAUGAUGCAUCCUGCCUUGCCCCAUGGGGGAAGCCAGAUGAUGGCCGGAUCUUCGUUUUCACCGCCCAGCCACGGCCCGCAUCAGAUCCACGGAGGCGCUCAUCCCAUCAUACCAGCCAACUUGAACUUUGCGGCGCCAAAUAUGGCUCCUCCCCCAUCGUCGAUUAGGCGCAGCGAGAUUACGAGAAAGCAGAUCGCCGGUUUCAAGCACGCCCUCAAGUACCACGAGGAUCAAUUGCAGUAUAAUCGUCAUCAGAUCGAUGAGAGGGAGAUGGAGAUGAAGGCCCAGCAGUACCGAGACCACAUUGCUCACUUUGAGGCGGUUCUCAAGCAGCAGCUUGAGGCUGAGGCUGAGACCCUGGACCACAAGAAGCCAGAAGUUGGCCGAAACGAUCUUGCUCAGCAGAAAGCCGAGGGAAGCGUCUCUGGCGACACGGGAGUCCAGCAAAGCCAGCAUGAGUCGGAAGAUGCUGUUCGACGAAGGGCCGCAAGCGGCCGUCAGGGUAUCAAUAUAAAUAUCGGCGAUGGUGGCAAUGCAGUCUUUCAGCGCCCCAUUGCUGCGAACCGGUCCUAUGGCGAACCUUCCAGACAGACAGGAAUACCCAGUGAAGCCGUCCUGGCUCCCGCUUUUGAACCCGGCGGCAGAACAUUGCACGAGAUCGCGAACGAGUCCAAUGAGCGACUCAAGUCGGAAGGAGUUUGGAAAUAUGGCCCUGGUAUUCAGAACAUACCAAGCCGGGGUGUCAGCCGGCCUUUCAAUCCGUCGCUGUCGCAUCAGUCUGACCGCGCCGAGGGAAGCUCGAGUUCUGCCAGCGUUUCGGGACAGGGCGGCUCGGCAGAGGCUUUUGGUACCUCCAGAUCUGCCAAGGGCAAGGGUGUUGACAGAGGCGGUGGCAGCAGUGGCUAUUCCAGGUCGAGCUUUGGAGUGCCAUAUCUACUUGGGACUCUUCCCAAGGGUUUAGAUCCCCGCAAGGCUACUGAUCACGACUACAUUUACACUCGCCCUCUGAACGAGGAUGAGGUUCGCGCCCGCUACCUGUAUUGGGGAAAAGCACCCAAGUCUGCCAUGAAAGGGCUUCCCAAGUAUGACGGAAAGCACUUCUACCCCCCUUCUCCCGUCCAGGAACCCAGCAGCCCGGUCACGGCCCAUCGCAACCCCACCGCCCGUUCCGAUGCCGAGCACGCCUAUCGGCAGACCAAGUCUGACCAAGAUCCCUUUCGCCCCAUGACUCCGGUUCAUGAUUCGAUUUCCAAGCCAGUAGGGGCAAGCGAGGAUGGAUAUGCCAUGGGCAGGCUCACGCGCAACGUCUCUUUUGAGACUCAGGUCGACAGCAGUGGUCUUGAAGCCGUGCCAGUGGGUGAUUCUAUUGAUGUUCCAGAGACGGGGACAAUCUUGCGGAACCGUGAGAAUAGCGCGGAUGCAGGCUCUAUUGGGUCGACUGACCGGCGCUCGGAGAGAUCUGGCGCGAGACUCUGGCAGACCGUUUUGAAGAAGGGUCCGACGAUCAGCGCGGUUUCAUCGACUACGGCACAGGCAGUUCUGCCUCUUCACUAUUCGGGUCACGCAGCGGCUUCCCUAAGCCCUUCGAUUACUAAGGACCGGUCCGGCUUUCGCGAGGUUUCUCCAGACAACAGCGGUAUCGUCUCUCCUGGUCUUCAGAAGUGGGCUGAGAACCUUCCCCCUAGCGCGAGCUCUUUGGAGGAUCAGUUCAAAAGGUUGAUGACCUUGAAUGAGUCUCCGGAAGACGGUCGGAUUGAUUUUCGUUCGUAACAAGUAUUCAACAAUGUUAUUGAUAGGCAUGGAUGAGGAGACGAUGGAAGUGUUAUUCAGGGGUUAUUAGUGUAGUACUAUUGUGUGGAACAACAGCAGCAUUCGAGAGGAGGAGAAGGAUGGAGUAUCUGUUUUAUGCCAUACUUGAUGGUUUCAGUGGCUAUAUGCCCAAUUAGUUGAUAGAUGCUCGCCGUCUAAUGAUGUUUAUCGGCCGAGGAGUAUUUAAUCCCAAGGGCAGCUUACUAUUAGAUCAAGGAAUAGAUCUUCCGUAGCACAAGAAGAUUAUGUAUUUGGUUCUGUAGCCA